AGCUUUCUUUCAGCUGAUCACUCGUCUCACAUCAUGUGCCCGUCUAUCGUUUAGCGGCCAAUAUUGGUCCCUCUGAUUCACACUGAUGGAAGCCUUUCUUUCCCCGAAGCCUGUCUUCAAGCCUGAUUCCUCGACGGGCCAGGCUCUGCUACUAUUCUUGGCCAUGCCGCGUCCAUGAUUUGAUAAUACACCUGGCAAUACAAUAUAGAACCAUCUUCUCUACUCCGACAUUGCUCACGGCCGAGCCCAUACUUCGCACCCGGGCACUCGGCAUAGGACCCCUCUCAUGUUGUCGUCUUGCCGGAGCUGGUGAUCCGUUGCGUUGUUCUCGGUUCCGACCUGCUGCACUCCCGUCGAUAUGAUAGAUCAUGUUCUCGGGCGACCCUCGACCCGGUUUCGCAAGUACCAGGUCUUCGCCAUAGUUCUACUCUGGAGUACCUACCUGUACAAGUCGGAUCGUCAUGGUCCACCAUUCGUCCGCAGGAUCUCAAAAUGGCUCUCUGCGCGCUUCACCCUCCACCAGAGCUUAAUCGUCUUCUGUCUCUCACUAUACGUCUCCCGUAAUUUUGGAAGAGUUGUGGGCCUGGAGUCGCCAGAGCCUUUGGCCAACCUCUAUUCAAGGGAAUACUUUCGCGCGACAUGGAUAACCACGGCGCUGGACGCCGGCUAUUGGACGGCCAUGCAUCUGAAGCCCUUUUGGUUCCGCGAUGUCUGCAGUGUCAUCUUUACGUUUUACUACUUGGCGUGUGCGGAGCAGGCCGACGAGGUCGUGAGAAGAGUUCGGGGUACAAUCACUGUGGAGCAUUUGCGUAUCAGCUGGAACAAAUCGCAGACGCCAAUCCUUGGCUUCGCAACGAGGCUGCUGCGACCGAAAUUCAUCAAAUUCCCUCCGAGACCGUUUAUGAUCGACCGGCCUGCGGCAAGCGACUAUAGACAACCUGUGGAAGCCGUCUUAUAUUUCGAUGGAAGCAUCCGGGAUCUCAAGAAGCAGGAAAAGAUUGUGCUCGAUAUUCCCGGAGGUGGCUUCGUCGCGAUGGGCCCGCGCUGCCACGACGACAAAUUGCUAGCAUGGGCUGCCAAGUUGAAGUUUCCAGUGGUCGCGUUAGAUUACAAGAAGGCGCCCGAGUAUCCUUAUCCUUAUGCGCUCAACGAGUGCUUCGAUGUGUAUUACCAGAUCGUGGCCACGCGCGGUCGAUGUGUAGGCUUGUCUGGGGAGGUCAUGCCGCGCAUCAUCGUUGCAGGAGACAGCGCGGGUGGAAAUCUCGCAGUGGGGAUGAUCCUGAGAUUGCUUGAUGGAGAAACACAACCGGCCUGGAUCUCGGGCAACCGAGGGAACCCCCUGCCACUGCCAGAAGCGCUAGUUGCCACAUAUCCUGCGCUGGAGAUGAGCAUUGGUAGUUGGAUGAAUGAUGAACAGUUGGCUCUACUCAGAACCCCGGAGCGACGACAGGAGAACAAGAAGAUCCUCGAGCGCAAAAAGUCGGAGUACCAAAGAAUAGCAAAGACACCGCGCGGAUCAGACGAUGAAGAUGACGAAAAUCGUUCAACGAACCCGUUCGAAAAACCGAAAAAAGCUAACACGCCAGCUCUGAGGGUUCCUCGGACUAGGCUCGCGAUGAGCAGCAUCAUUUCGUAUUUCAACGACCGCGUUCUGUCGCCUGAGAUGCUACGAGCCAUGAUUCUCCUGUACGUCGGACCUCACAACAGGCCUGAUUUUGAGACAGAUUACUAUCUUUCACCUCUCCGCGCUCCAGAAGUGCUCCUGGCUAAGUUCCCGCGAACUCUACUCAUGUGUGGUGAACGCGAUCCUCUCGUGGACGACACUGCCAUUUUCGCUGGCAGACUACGCAAAGCGCAUCUCCAAGAGUUCAAGCGUCGCCAAGAACUCGGUCUGGAGUCUGAUGACGCGGUGUUCAACGACAAGAAGCAUGUCGAGGUCGUCAUGGUGGACGGUGUCAGUCAUGGCUUCUUCCAGUUCGUUGGCGUUUAUCACAAGGGAUGGGAGUACAUUCACGCAUGCAGUCAAUGGAUGCGAGAUGUGUUCGACGAGCACGACCAUGAUCAGUACGAUGCGCAAACCCCAGCCGCAUCGGCAUCAUCAACCAGCGUGAACGAUUAUUUUAGCUAUUCCAAGUCGCGCCGGAAUUCGGAUGCAAGUGACGAUCGGCCGCUGGAAAUUCCCUCCAAAUUACGCAUGACUCAGAUAGACGACUCUCACACGAGGAAAUCGCGCAGCAAGCGCAGCACUACGCCCGGCCGAGGCGCCAUCAACCGGAUAAAUCAUCACAAACCCGGCCACAAGAGCCCAGCGAGCAACAGAGGUCUGAUAUCGAAGCUGAGCUCGACAGAGGAUUUGUUGGAAAGGCGAAUGAAUGCUGUGACCGACAAUCUUAUGGAUCCCGGGGCAAGGGCAACUUGAUGUGUGAUGUAUUCAAUAAACUCUUACUGCAGCCUUAAAAUAUCGGCAUACUUGUGACUUUUUAGAUUCCGCGAAACGUUUCCAGGAGUUCAGGUGGCAUCUUCAUAUUUUGAAAACAAUUGACAAUUUUACAUGGAUACCGACAUUGACCGUCGAG